GGGGUGGGAGGGGAGCGAGAGGGGAGGGCUCGAGAGCGGGGCGAGCCGAGCCGAGGAGAGCGAGAGGCUCUGCGGAGGUUUGGAGUUGCACUGUCUUCCCGGCUCCUCUCGCAGGACGUUUCCCCCCCGAGCCGGGCAGCGGGCACGGCCGGAGACACGCUGCUGCCAGCGGGGGAAGGCGGGCUGCUCCGCCGCGGACAGCCGGGCAGGGGGCUUCCACCCACCCAGCCCCGCGCACACCCCCCACCCCCUUCUCCUCGCACACACAUAUAUGUGCGUGCGGGCGCGUUUUUGGCUGCGCUGGAAGUAGCGCGCGGUAGACGGCGAGGAAGUCUCGGCAGCCUCCCCCGUCGCCCGCGCUGUCAGGAAUAGCGGCGUGAGAGGAAGAAAGGCCCUGGGGCACUACACCCUGCCAACGAGUUCCCUGCACCAGCCAGAAGGACUCCAGCUACAUGGGCAAACGCCUGGACCAGCAGCCAAUGUACCCCCAGUACACCUACUACUACCCCCACUACCUCCAAACCAAGCAGUCCUAUGCACCAGCUCCCCACCCCAUGGCUCCUCCCAGCCCCAGCACAAACAGCAGCAACAACAGCAGCAACAACAGCAGUGGAGAGCAGUUGAGUAAAACCAACCUGUACAUUCGAGGCCUUCCACCCGGCACCACUGACCAGGACCUUAUCAAGCUGUGCCAGCCGUAUGGGAAAAUUGUGUCCACAAAGGCAAUUCUUGACAAAAACACAAAUCAGUGCAAAGGUUAUGGUUUUGUAGAUUUUGAUAGUCCGGCAGCAGCACAGAAAGCAGUAGCAUCUCUCAAAGCAAAUGGCGUGCAGGCGCAGAUGGCAAAGCAACAAGAGCAAGAUCCCACAAAUCUAUACAUCUCAAAUUUACCUGUUUCCAUGGAUGAGCAGGAACUGGAGAAUAUGCUGAAACCCUUUGGACAUGUCAUUUCCACCCGAAUAUUAAGAGAUGCUAAUGGUGUCAGCAGAGGAGUCGGCUUUGCCAGAAUGGAGUCUACAGAAAAAUGUGAAGUAGUAAUUCAACAUUUUAAUGGCAAAUAUCUGAAAACCCCACCCGGUCUACCAGCCCCUACUGAGCCUUUGCUGUGCAAAUUUGCUGAUGGAGGGCAAAAGAAGCGCCAGAAUCAAAGCAAAUACACACAGAAUGGAAGGCCGUGGCCCAGAGAAGGAGAGGCUGGCAUGGCUUUGACUUAUGAUCCAACAGCUGCUAUACAGAAUGGAUUUUAUUCCUCACCGUACAGUAUUCCAACAAACCGCAUGAUUCCACAGACAUCAAUCACGCCAUUCAUUGCUGCUUCCCCUGUCUCUACAUAUCAGGUCCAGAGUACUUCAUGGAUGCCCCAUCCGCCAUAUGUUAUGCAACCAACAGGUGCUGUGAUAACACCAACAAUGGACCACACUAUGUCAAUGCAGCCAGCAAGCAUGAUGGGCCCUCUGACCCAACAGAUGAACCACCUUUCCUUGGGCACAACAGGAACGUACAUGACUGCUGCUGCACCUAUGCAAGGGACCUACAUUCCCCAGUACACUCCUGUGCCUCCAACAGCUGUCCCUAUUGAAGGUGUUGUUGCUGAUACUUCUCCACAGACAGUAGCAUCUUCAUCACAGGAAGCCAGUGGUCAACAGCAACAGAUGACAGUGGAAACAUCCAGUGAACAUGCGCCUGCAUAUUCUUACCAACAGUCUAAGCAACGAAGGAGAGGCAAUGUACUCAGAAUGAACUGGGUGGUAUAAGGACUCUGUACUCUCUUUACAAUAAACAGGACUGAAGAAUGUCGGUCUGAAAUCUUUGCCUUGAAUGGAGAAACUUCACUGAACAAGAAGUUGGCUUCCAGUUUGCACAGGCGUCAAAUGAAUGCUUUUUUUUUUUCUACCUUUCCCAACAAAAACAAAACAGUGUUUUUAUGUGCUGUGCAAAUGGUUCCGUCAUGUAGUCUGACAAUUUUAUUUUUGCUAUUUUUGUUUUGUUUUGUUUUUUUCCUAAAAAAAAAACCCAGAGGAAAAACACUGGGUUAACAUUUCAUCUGGACGAACAUUUGAAUUCAGAAUUUACCUGGAGGUGUAGCUAGAUUUUUUUUUUCUUUUCUUUUUUUUUUAACAGAAAAACUGAUGAUGUCAAGAGGGAGCAAGUUGAGAUGAAAACCAAUUGUCUUCCUCAAAAAUUAAGCUACUCUUUUUCUCUUGUUUUCUUUUUCUUCUUGUUUUAAAUCUAGAGUGUUUUUUUGGGUUUUUUGGGGGUUUUGUUUGUUUUUUUAAAGAAAUGUUUAGGUAAGGUUUAUCUUGAAUCUUAAUUGCCUUAAUUUUAAGGACGUCAAAGGCUCUCAAGGCAAGCUGUCAACGUCUUGUUAGAAAACCCGAGAAUGAAUUGAAACUGCUCACACCGGUGCUGGUGCAGAAGUUUAAUAGACUGAGUUUUUGGGGUGAACAAAAAAUAAACUGUACAGUUUAAAAGAAAAUGAUUUUCUUCUUUUGAAGAAAAGUUGAUGAUAAAGGAACUGUGGCAACUGAAAGGAUUGGAAAAAUGCUGGGACUUUUAUGAACUUUGUCUUAAGUGUUGACAGAAAAAAUUCUAGAAGGCUAAAGCAUUUUACAGUAAAGUUAUUGAAUUGAGAAAAAAACUUGCUGCAUUAUAGAGAAUGCAGGGGUUUUUUUUUUCAGAAUGCAGAUUUUUUUAUUUACAAAGCGUGAUCGCUAGCAAAAGCAUUAGUGCUUUUUAUCUGCAGUCUUUUUUAUGAGCUUUAAGAAGUUUUUAGUCUGCUUUGCUUGUCACAUUGCAAAAACCUAGCUUAAGAGCAUUAAAAAAAAACUUAAGUAGAUAGGAGCUUAUGGUCAAAAAAGUGCAAAAAAAAAGCAAUAGAUAGAAGAAAUUGUUGACAAUUUCUGUAGUCUUUCCUAGUUGUGAACAAAUGCAGCCUAUGGAUGGCCUAUUUUAUACCAAAGAUGAAGUGACACCCUAACGCAGUCCAGAAGAUAGAGGUUUUUUUCUUUUUUUAUCUUUAUUUGACCUACAUGGCCGGACCAGUUCUUACUUUCUUGUUUGUUUAAACUAUCUUCCACUGGUGUUUUACAUACUGCAUAUGUUUAUAGUGGAAAUCUCAGAAUAGUUGGUAUUAGAAGGCAGUUGAUGGUGAGCUUUGGAGAAAUGCCCAAAGCAAGAGGGAGUGGGUUACCAACUAAUCUGUCCAGGUGGGCUUUAAUUUUUAUGAGUUUUUCUGUUAAAUUGCCUGAUCUUUGGUAUUUCUACUGAAACAACAGUCUUCCUUCUGAAUUCCAACAUACCACAGAUUCAUUUCUUCACCUCAGUCUUUGUCAUCGUCCAGCAUGCAUAGCCACCUUAAUUCUGCAUUUGUUUUUCAGUGAUGCAUUUGAAUUGCCAGUUAGAUGCAAGAGAAAGCAAACUUGAGCUUUGUUCUCAUUUUAGCUCUCCCAUACAAGCAGAAAUGUUGAAAACUACUUUGUAUUGUCAUGCAGGCAGGAAGUUAAAAAGUAUUCUUCUCUGCUACCAUUUCUAUUGUCUUAAUAGUUGGCUGACAAUCACUAAUUAGUAUGAUUAGGCAAAAAAAAAAAAAAAGACACUAACUAAAGUUGAUCCACUGCAACCUGUUUUAGGAAAUCUUGAUAAUGGCCCUUACUUUUUUCCAAACAAACAAACAAAUAAGGUGAGAAGCAAGUCAAAAGAUGAUUUUUUUCCUUAGGAGGCCAGAGAGAAGCAGCAUUAAAAUAUAUACAUACACACAUGUAUCUCUAUAUGUAAAAAUGAAACCAAACAUUUUUCAACUUUCCUCCAUCCAGAAGAGAAGGGAAGCUUCAUCACAUUUAUUGUGGUGCAUUAGAGACAGGGUAUCAAUUAAAAAUAAUGAAAUGAAAGCAUAUAUAUUGGAUCAAUCUUAUUCACCUGCCCAAUUCUAAAGAGAUCUGUGUUUCCCUAACCAGACUUUUUUGGGGAAAAAAACACAAUUAUUUUUUUAAAUUGAUAAAACAAGAUCAUAUUUUUUAACAUGGUGGGGGGAGGGGGUUUCCCAAGUAAAUGGCUGCUAGAUAUGCAACAUAGAAAAGAGAGCAAUGGGAGUUCACAUGGUUCUUCACCGUAGGAAGAGGGCCUGAUUUUCAGAAGCAGGAAAACUGCUUUCUCCAGAGUAGUUGUUGCUAUUUAACACUUCUGAAAAUCAGAUCAUGCCAAAGUAAAAAAACAACAUCCAUAAGAUGUUUUCAAUUCAGGAAAACAAACAAAACAAUAAUAAAAAAACAAACAACAGAGUCUUUCUGUUUCGCAUGCUGUCUCAUUAUUCGUUGCUUUCUGAGAGUGGCACUUGAAUUUUGUCCUUGGAUAAAGGUUCCGUCUCUGAGGGUAUAUGAGGGAAAAAAAUCGAUCUAGCCUUAUUUUCUUUCUACAUGUACUCUCUUUCUGUCUGUCUCUGAAUUCUUUGUACAAUAGAGAUAACCCCAGGCACAAGUUAGUUAAAUAAGAAAUAAACACAUUUGUUUCUGUGUUAGUUCUAAUGUGACACACAAAAAGUCUCAUUUACUAUCAACAAUGAGGCUACAAGGUAGCUACCAUGUGGCUGAUGAAUAUGCUGAGGUACCUUCUUGUUUCUAUUCAGAACUCUCCUGCUUUAUUUAUACAUUCAGAAACAUUUUUCUUAUUUUUUUCAGCAAAGUUAAGCAAUCUCAGUGUUUUUUAUUAAGCCAGACAGGCAACAUGAUAUCACAAUGUCUGUCACUUUCAAGAUUUCAAGUGCAUUCUGUAUUAGAAUUGUUCCCUUUUUUUUCCAUGCUCUAAUGUUUAAUAGUGUUUGAAAUCAAAAGAAACAGAGCAAAGAAGUAGAGGAAGAAGAAGAGGAAAGAAAAUGGAUCCCUUAAAUACAAUUGAUCAUCUUACUGAUCCACCAAAAAAACAGUGAACUGGUGCUUGAAAGUCUAUGAAUUAUAAACAAUGUGAGCCUUGAGUAUAAACAGUCAUAGAUCAUAAGGUAAGAAAAAAACUUAUUUGGAACAUACAAAAUGCUCAGAAGGUGGUAAUUUAUUUGUAAAUGUUAAAGAUGAGAUACAGGAGAACAGUGGAAGAGCAACAUGCAGCAUGGGUGUUGUCAUAGGACAGGAAUACUUGGUGGCCUCUGAAAUCUAAAAUUAGUUUUCUUUAUGUUCUGGCUAAUAGCAAUUCGUUUAUUAUAAUUAUCAGUUUGAGUUUCUGUUUUCCUUUUUUUUUUUCCUUUAUUUGAAGACCUGAAUUUGUCAAUUUCUAUGUCUUACCAAUUUAGCUUUAAAUAUCAGGAGGGUUCCUGAAAGGUUGCAAAAACAACUCUAGAAGUCUAAGGCAAUGGUGCCUGGCCCAGAAGUCUGGAAGUAGCAUCAAAUCCAUAAGCUGAACUGCAUAUUUACUUUCCAUCACACCUGAAUACUUGUAAAUAGUCAAAUAUGGAUGUUCAGGUUUGGUAUUUUUGUUUGUCCUUAAAAGAUAAAUACAGAAGGGGUGUCAGAAAAAUAUGAAUUAUGGCUAGAAAACUCUGAAUACCUGGGCUCAUCACUUAACAUUGAGGAAAAAAAAAGUAUUGAUACAGUGCAACUGAAGAGAGUAUUAUACUUGCAGGUGCUGACUUGAGUGUAGAUCAGGGCACUGAAAAAUCUCACUGUUCCCUGUGAGAUUGCUGAGGGACUCUUCUUCCUAUCUGGCUCUACUGCAGGUUUGUAAGCACUUUUCACCUGUGACAGUCAGGCCUCAAAUUGUGAAUGUCCUCUUACUGCCUUCCAGUGAAACAGAUUCUUGAGAUGUCCUUAGCUUGUGCUUACUUGUAUAAUUCUGUUUACCAAGAGACUGCCUUGGUUGUGUUGGUCAAGAAAUCCACCAUAAUGCAGAAUGAGGCGUAUUUGAGAGCAAUUGCAUCACAUUGUAUCAUCUUCUGCUAUGGAUGCAUGCCCAACUGUGGAAGAUAAAUCCUGGUGAUUAGAGAAGUGAGGGCAUAAACUUUCAAUGGGCAAUGGGAUGAAGCAUUCAAAUGGAUUUUUACUCAAGUAAAAAUCAAACGAAGGGUAUUAUUUAUGUAUGUAUGUGUACCAAAACUCAGCAAAUUUGAGGAAGCCUGCAUUGUAAUAAAGUUUAUUUUUAAUAUGUCAUAGUAUUUGGAUCUAUAUUAUGUUGUUUAUGGUACUGAAGGAUGAGACUGAUACUAAGUGUUUACCAAAUUGCCAUGCUUCGUGAUUUUAAGCUUGAUGGUGCUCCUCAUGCCACUUCAUUUUAAUGCUGAAGUUGACAUGAGCAAAACAGGUAUAGGAAGACUUGCUGAACCCCACCUAUAGCUAGAGUCAUGCUAAAGAGUGAUAAUGUGCUUAACGUAAUGAAUCAAUCCAUUUUUAGUGAUAAGACCAAAUGUGGUAGUUGAAGAUAGUAGUGUUUGAUACACACAUGGUCAACAUUUCCUUUCAAAACUUUAUUUAACAUGAAAUUGGUCCAGAUAUUAAAGAAGUGCCCUAGGGUAAGGAUUUUCCUCGUCUUUCUCAGUAGCCCACCUGAGCAAAGAAAACAGUCACGGUGUGAUGGAAAUGCAAAGCAGAAAACAACAAAAAUGCUGACAUUUGGUAUAUUAGUCUUUUUUGUUUAAUGACAAUUGACUCUAAUGAUGUCUCCUUCCAUUUUUUAUACACAUUCAUGCAAUCAUGCACACACACUUUCUCAGAAGGAGGGCUGAGUGAGCAGCAGACUUCCCCUCUCCCUUGGUGGAGCGGAUUUCUAGAAUCUCAGCAAGCAGCAAAGAUGCAGUGUAAGGAGAGUUAUUUUCCCCUCAAAAAGAGCACCAACAUUUUCCACGUUGCUCCUGUCACCCAAAUAGGCUAGAGCGCUGUAUGUACAACAGAGGUUUAGUCACCUUUGUGCCCCAAAGCAGGCAGAAAAGACCCUUUCUUUUCCCCUUUAUUAACAUGUUCUUUGUUAAAAUUAAACAGAAAAUUAUGAGAGAAAAGCUGUAAAAAAAUAAAUCGCAGUGUUGGCUUAGUUUUCCAUGAUGAGAAAAAUUCUUAUGUUCAGUUCAGUUGUUAAUUACCCAACAGUGUCAGCUGAGUUCUUUCACUUUGCUAAAAAUGUGUAAUGAAGUAAAAAAUGUCAGCCUUCGACAGGUUCACAAAUAUAUUUUUCCUUGUAGGGCCAAAGCCUGCAAGGUUUAAGCACCUUCCAAGAACUGGUUCUGUUGUCCUUAAGAGAAUACCUGCCCAACGUUAAUUUUUUGCCUUUAAGUGUCUUUCUCUUGGAUAAUAAUUUUAUUAAUUUGGUGAAAUUUACCGUCAGUUAUAUUUUUUAAAGCCCAAAAAUACAGCGUAGAGAACAUGAUGUUUAUGUAACUAAAGUAUUAUUAAAUAUGCUGUAUUCCAGAGUGGAAGAAAAUUCUACUAUCUUUUGGAGGCAAAACAAUUUUAUGUAAAAACCAGGAAGCAUACAGAAUUCAUCUAGGAAUUUUAAUUGUUUUCCUUUUUAAAGGAGAAUGAACAGAUUCUGUCUCAAAGAAAAAUCAAAGCAGCUUUGAAAUCAGAUGAACUUCCCAUCAAGAAAAUGUGCAUCACACAAAUGGGACAGAGGUUCUUUAAAGCCCUUACAGACCUCACUGUAGCCAAAAUGUAGAAUACAGAACCUCUGUGAUACAUUAAAUUAUGAAACUUAUUUAUAUGGGCAUCUGUGUGCUGAUGUCUCAGAAUGUCUUUGAAAGAUCUGUACUGCUAUGAUUUAUUUUUUUUAUGUUUUCCAUUUGUACCACAAUCCUAAUAGCUGCCAUUUUCCCACUCCUGGGGCUUUCUGUAGAUCAGUGGAUGUUAGGUUUAAACUUCUGUUUUCUUUGAUGAAGCUUUCAAUAAAAAAAUAAAGAAAA